AUGCGUACUAUCAUUUAUGGUCAAGGAACAAUGGAGUUAUUGGAUAAUGGAAACAAAAAUGCUCAGGAAGAGCGGACUGGAAUAAAGAAGAUGAAGAAAGAUCGAACCAACAAGCGCAAAAUGCGUUACAAAAUUGGUGGUAUGCUUGUCUGCACGUGUACUCUUGUAAUCAGUGGUCCAACACCAUCACCAUCGUUAUCCUCGUCUUCGUCGGCAGUUAAGUAA